UCAAAUAUUCAACAUCUCAUUCCACAACUUGUAAAUCUGAUAUAUCGAGAGUCUUAAACAUGCGCAGGCCGGAUGCACAAGACUCCUCCGACACAGAGCCUCUCGCAGCCGACCACGAAUCCCCGGCCACCACACAGCCGGAUCGGAAAAGCCUCCUCCACCCUCACAAGGACUACGAGAAAACCACCCCUUUGUCUCUCCUCCUCCAACCGUUCCAAUGGCUCCAAAUGCUCUCACACCAACUCAACACCAGCUUCGUCGUCGGUAUUUUCCUCGUUUAUGGCCUCAGCCAGGGCUUUUCGGGAUCUUUCUUUAGAGUCGUCACCGAUUACUACUGGAAGGACGUUCAAAAGGUGCAACCAUCGGAAGUACAACUUUAUAUGGGCCUUUACUAUAUUCCAUGGGUGAUGAAGCCCGUGUGGGGCCUCUUGACAGAUGUUUUCCCGGUGAGGGGUUACCACCGGCGGCCCUACUUUGUGUUGGCCGGGGUUCUGGGGACUGUGGCAGCCUUGGUUGUGGCGCUAAGCGGUAAGCUGGCGGUGGGGGUGGCGUUGGUUUGCUUGGUGGGUAUAACUGCGGCGAUGGCGAUCGCUGAUGUGACGAUUGAUGCUUGUAUUGCUAGGAAUAGUAUUGAGUUCCGGUCAUUGGCGCCGGACAUGCAAAGCCUUUGUGGGUUUUGUACUUCUGUUGGUGCUCUUGUUGGGUAUUCUACUAGCGGAUUGUUUAUUCAUCAUCUUGGAGCUCAGGGAGCAUUAGGACUUUUGGCGAUCCCACCAGCAUCAGUGAUAGGGCUGGGUUUAGUGAUCUAUGAACUCAAAACAAAUGCUGUUGUUAGUUCGGACAAGAAUAUUAAGGUGCAGGCAGUGCAGAAACUUGGGGGAGCAAUAAAGGGGAUGUACCAAACCAUCCAAAUCCCGCAGGUGUGGAAGCCAUCACUCUACAUGUACUUGUCGUUGGCACUCAGUAUAAGCACUCAUGAAGGACAGUUCUAUUGGUACACUAAUCCUAAAUUAGCUGAUGGUCCCGCAUUCUCCCAGGAAUUCGUUGGAAUGAUCUAUGCAAUAGGUGCAUUGGCUUCUAUAGUUGGAGUGCUAAUCUACCACAAACUUCUAAAAGACUACCCAUUCAGAAAGCUACUUUUCUUUGCCCAGCUCCUCUUUGGCCUCACCGGAAUGCUCGAUCUCAUUUUCAUUUUACGGUUGAACAAAAGAGUGGGAGUUCCAGAUUCCUUCUUUGUUAUCACGGAGGAAUGCAUUUCCAGAAUCGUGACCAGAAUCCGAUGGAUUCCCAUGAUUGUGUUGAGCACACGGCUUUGUCCUCUGGGAAUCGAGGGCACAUUUUUCGCGCUUUUAAUGUGCAUAGACAGUUUUGGUUCACUCACCAACAAGUGGGGCGGAGGAAUGGUUCUUCACAUAUUCCAUGUCACAAGAACUGAUUUCAGCAACCUAUGGCUGGUGGUGCUCAUAAGAAACAUUUUGAGACUUGCAACUCUGUCUUUCAUUUUCCUUAUCCCCAAUGUUGAUCCAUCAGAAACCAUAAUCCCUGCUGAUCUUUUGGGGAACACAAUAAAAUCCGGUGAGGAUGAGGAUGCUGAUAACUUGCAACUUGUUCCCUUCAAUGAGGAAGAUGAAGUUUAGUUCAAUUGGUUGUAUAAAUACAUAUAUUGUAACGAAGUUUCGUUACAAAUUUUCAUUUAUUUGUUUUUUUUUUGCCACGUAAAUGGUCAUUUAUACUGGUUCAUUUUAUCUUGGGAAGUAUGGAUAAGUGUUUGGGAA